AGGAGGAGUUAACUUUACUGGACUAUUUUUAUACCGUGAUAUGAAACACGAGCAGGCACCAACGACUACACUCCCACAUGCAACACACCAAGAGGAAAACCUGAUCAAGAUUCGCCUGGACGUCCUUGUUUAGACUAAAACGUAAGCUGUGGGUCAAUUUUUAGGGUUUUGAUCUUUAACAAAUCCAAAGGGACUGACUAAUGAGGUCAAGGAGCAGGGUUUUAUUUAGGGCUGUGGCUCCUCUGAUGCUCCCAAGCAGCUGUCGUGAAUGUAUGUGAGCUUGUGUGUGUACAUGUCUGGACUUUCCACUACUUUUCCUCGCACAACUUUGUCUGUCAGAAUCACGAUGACUCUCCAGUGGACGGCUGUGGCUUUCUUCCUGUAUGCGGAGAUAGCAUUCAACCUCAUCUUGUGUAUACCCUUUUUAUCAGCAAAGAGAUGGCGUUCAGUUUUUGGUUGGAGAUUAUGGAACUGGUUAUCUCCAUACUGGAACAAGUGCUUCUUCACUAUGAUCAUGGUCCUCAUUGUUCUUUUCCUCGAUGCUGUCCGUGAGGUGCACAAGUAUUCAGGUCCUGAACCCAUGCAAGAUGCUAAAGUGAACCCUAAUGUUUACGACCACGUCCACAUGAAGUUGUUCAGAGCCCAGAGGAACCUCUACAUAUCUGGCUUCUCUAUCUUUCUCUGGCUUAUCAUGCGUCGGGUUGUCACCUUGCUAAACCAGGUUGCCGUCUCCUUGGAGAGCACUGCAGGUCUUCAGGCCCAGAUGGACAGUGCCGUCAAAGCUGCCAGGCAGCACCAGGAGGACAACCGGAGACUCAAACAAGCUCUGCUGGAAGGAGAAAACUCCAUGUCAGCAACAAAGCAACAACUGAAACAGGAGGUUGAAAACCUGGCAGGUCAGCUGAAGGCUGCUGAGGAGGCCGUACGAAAGUCCCACGCCGAGGCGGAAGCAAUGAGGAGGCAGGCCAAAGGUCUGGCGCAGGAGUAUGACAGACUACUGAGGGAACACCAUCAGCUCCAGAAUCUUCAGAAUGUUGGAGACAAGAAAGAUCAGUGAAACAAAUAUUUGCAGGUGAAGCCCUUCCUCCCCUCCGUUGAUACAUUUUCUAUUUAUUUCAGUGGGACUGUGUGUUGCAUGUAGGUCCCUGCACACGACGUAUUUGUAUAAUGUUUUAUACUUGUCACUUUAUCGUGGAGUUUGAGUCAUAUUUUAAAAUAUUUACACAAUAAAACAAAUGUCACACUGUAGAAAACUGGACAAAUAAGACAUAAAAUAAUGUAUGACGGUCACUCGACUCUGGAUUGUGAAUAUCUGCGUCUUUGUAUGCCGCUGUAAUAACAUUUCACGAUCAAAUAAAUGGGGAAAUAUCUCAGGGGUAUCUCAUGUUAUUGCUAAUCUUAACCUUUAAUAAUGAGUAACAUCUCAGAAUAACUCGAGGGCUUUUAUACUGCCGUGCUUUAAGAUUUCAGUAACGUAUGAGACCACCUACGUAAUUAACUACUGCUUUGACAACCAAGUCAGUGUGGUUGUUUAAAUACAGUAUAUUGUGAACUUUUAAUUCAAUGAGAGCUGUUUUGUCUGUUUUUAAGCUGAGGUUUUUUUUUCUUUUACUAUGAUAUGUCUUUCAACAUCAACUUCCAUGUGCCAUGUGCAUCUAAUCUGUGAUUUGUUUGAGGUCUGACUGGCCCGAGCAUGAAAAAUAAACAGAAUACCAGAUUGUGUGCUAACGAUUGUCAUGAAAAUACUGCCGUAACAAAAGAUGACACAAUGAAGAGAAAACACUGUGAGACUACAUACAGUAUGUGAGACACUGUAAAGGAGAGUGAGACUUUGUAGUCUCAAAGCCUUGAUACCAAAGCAAAGAUGAACACAAUCUGUAAUAAAAUUUCACCUUGAGCCAUUUCUGACAAAUGUGCAGAGUCUUUGUUCUUUAAGUUGAUAGUAAAACUUUUUUUACGACUGUUCCCUCUAUAUGCGACCGAGAUCACCUUCCUACUACCCCUGCACUCACUUACUUUGUCUAUGCACAGAUGCAUAGCCAAAACAUCAAUCAUAACAUUCAGGCACCUUAACAUAUGUAACAUUGCAAAUUUGAGUUUAUCAAGUUUAAUCAAAAAAAGAAAAAAAGAACAGAAAAUACAGCAGUUACAUUCUUUUUUUUCUACAAAAUUCUUCCAUUCAAAACACACAUUUCAUUAGCCUAAUAGCAUAAAUGCCUAUGUCAAAUUUAAAAAUUUUUCGGAAAACAAGAAAAACAAAAAACACAAUUUUUAUCAAGCACAUUGGUAUUUUUUUAUUGAUAAUGUAACAUUAAGUCAAAACAUGACUUAGGCAAUAAUGCUAUUAGGCUAACGAUACACACUCCUGAAGUAUCACACUUU